UUUCUUUACAAUCGAUCAUGGGCACCAUCGCCAUUACUUGUAUUUCUUCCGUUCUUGCUGCUGGCGGCCUUUGCUGGUUGCUAUUCAAGCUCGGGCCGAAAAAACGAGACAAAAAACACUCCUCUUUAGGAUCCGUCGACCGCGAACAAGUGCAAGAGAGUUUCAAUAACUACUCUUCUUUCUUCAACCAUCCUAAAAAAAUCCAAAGUCUCGAAAAAGUCCCUGAAGUUGUAGAUUCUUUCUACAACCUCGUUACCGAAAUCUACGAAUGGGGAUGGGGCGACUCGUUUCAUUUUGCUCCAACAAUACCUGGAAAAUCGAAGAACGAAUCCAUUAGAGUAUACCAAGACACGAUCGCCGAUCUAAUGAGAGUAAAACCGGGCCAAACGAUACUAGACGUUGGAUGUGGGGUGGGUGGCCCGAUGCGUGCAAUUGCUACUCAUUCGGGUUGUAAUGUUGUUGGAAUCACGAUAAAUGAGUAUCAAGUGAAGAAAGCAAAUUCACAAAACAAAAAAUUCGGAAUGGAGAAACAAUGUGAAGUUAUUCAAGGGAACUUUUUAAAAAUGACUUUUCAAGGCGACACUUUUGAUGGGGCCUACUCUAUUGAUGCAACUGUUCAUGCACCAAAUUUAGUGGAUGUUUAUAGCGAGAUUUUUCGGGUUUUGAAGCCUGGAUCGAUGUACGUUUCAAAUGAAUGGGUGACUACUGAUGUGUACAAUAUUGAAGACCCAGAACACGUGAAAAUUGUGGAAGGGAUCGAAAAGGCUAAUGCCUUUCCGGGGUUGAGGAAAUAUUUUGAUAUUGGUGACGCUGCCAAAAAGGCGGGGUUUGAGGUGGUGAUGGAGAAAGAUUACGCAAAGCCACCCGCGAAACCAUGGUGGCUAAGCUUGCAAAUGGGAAAAUUUGACGUGUGGAGGAGCCGUAUAACGAUUAUGGUCCUCGAGAGGCUAAGAAUUAUGCCCAAGGGCACGCUUUAUGUUCACGAUAUGCGGAUGCAAAUGACUGAUUAUAUUCGGGGAGCUGAAAUGGGCAUUUUUAGUCCUUUGUAUAUAAUCCUUUGUAGAAAACCCGAGAAAACGGAACCUGAAGCUUAAUUAAGCAUCAUCUGUUUUGAUAUUGAAAGAA